GUCAAAAGAAAAGCGUAGAGCCAGCAGCACUGAACUUCCCGUCCAAACAAAGCCAUUACACAUUUCAUUUCACAGUAAGAGAGAGAAACCGAAUUUCUAGAGAGAGAAACACGCAGAUAUGUCUUCUUCCUUCGACGCUUUCACUGACGACUUGAACGUCAACUCAUCUUCUCCUCACAACUUCGCCGCCUCCGAUCAAGACGACACCUUCUCCGGCUACGGCGGUUACUCCAAUUUCGACGGCGAUGUCACCGUCGAUCACGCCGCCGCUGAAACUACUUCACCGGAGAUCUACGGAUUCAGUGAUCCCAAUCCUGGUUACUCUCCUUCUCCGUUUGAAUCGGUUACUGUAGAAAACGGGAACGAUAACGGAAACGGUUAUGGUGAUGAUGACGGUGUUUUUGUUUCUGAUGGUCCGAUUCUUCCUCCACCUGGUGAGAUGGAGUCGGAGGAAGGUUACGCUCUUCGCGAAUGGCGCCGUCAAAAUGCCAUUGAGCUAGAGGAGAAGGAGAAAAGGGAAAAAGAAAUGAGAUUGAAGAUUAUUGAGGAGGCUGAGGAAUAUAAGGUGGCUUUCUAUGAGAAAAGGAAGCUUAAUGUUGAGACUAACAAGGUUCAAAAUAGAGAAAGGGAGAAGUUGUUCGUAGCUAAUCAAGAGAAGUUUCACAAAGAGGCAGACAAAGCUUAUUGGAAGACAAUUGCAGAGCUCAUUCCUCGUGAGGUUGCCAACAUUGAAAAGAGGAGAGGCAAAAAAGACCAGGAUAAGAAGCCAUCAAUCACUGUUGUCCAAGGCCCUAAGCCCGGCAAACCCACAGAUCUUUCCAGGAUGCGACAAAUACUGCUAAAGCUGAAGCAUACACCACCACCUCACAUGAUUCCUCCACCACCUGCUCCUGCUAAAGAUGCCAAAGACGCAAAGGAUGGAAAAGAAACAUCAUCCAAAGCAACUGGGUCAGCAGCUGAAGGUGCAUCAGGAUCACAACCAAAGGACGUGGCCUCUAACGGCCCUGCAGAGGAACCCCAGAAAGAAGCCUCUGCAACUGAGGAGCAACCUGCUGCAUAAUUUUGCCUAGUUUCCUUCUCUCAAUCAUUUGUCUGAUAUCCCUUUUUGCACAUGCAGUCAGUGUUCAAUGAAUCUUUUGGUCGUGUUAUUAGUUCCUAAUACUUAUUGGUUGCAUUGUAGUACCUGCAUUAAAGGUUUUAAUGAAUUAAAUAUAUUAUAGACAAUUAUGACAUGUAGAUUCAGUGUUCAUGGUUAUAAAUAGAUGUGUAUUGACUUCAUGAUCAUGAGAUUGCUGACUUUUGGGACCUGAUAUA